CAUUCAGUCAUUCGGACUUAUUGAGCGUCCGGGACUGGACUGAGCGCUCCGGAGGGGCGGUUCGGACGCAGGUAGACCCCCUCGCCGCCCCAACAACGGGCUGGAAGGCUAGAAGGGGAAGGGAGAGAACGAGACAAGGAGGCAGGCAGCACUACCGUCCACAUAAAUACAAUUAUUGAGCUCUUCAUUCAUUCAUUCGGACUUAUUGAGCGCCAGGACUGGACUGAGCGCUCCGGAGGGGCGGUUCGGACGCAGGUAGACCCCCUCGCCGCCCCAACAACGGGCUGGAAGGUUAGAAGGGGAAGGAAGAGAACGAGACAAGGAGGCAGGCAGCACUACCGUCCACGUAAAGAGAAUUAUUGAGCUCUUCAUUCAUUCAUUCGGACUUAUUGAGCGCCCAGGACUGGACUGAGCGCUCCGGAGGGGCGGUUCGGACGCAGGUAGACCCCCUCACCGCCCCAACAAGGGGGUCGCAGUCUAGAAGGGGGAGGCACACAACGAAACAAGGAGGCAGGCAGCACUACCAUUCACGUAUAUAGAAUUAUAGAGCUCUUCAUUCAUUCAUUCGGACUUAUUGAGCGCCCAGGACUGGACUGAGCGCUCCGAAGGGGCAGCUCGGACGCAGGUAGACCUCCUCACGCCCCCGACAAGGGGCUGGAAGGCUAGAAGGGGGAGACACACAACGAAAUAAAGAGGCAGGCAGCACUACCGUCCACAUAAAGAGAAUUAUUGAUCUCUUCAUUCAUUCAUUCGGACUUAUUGAGCGCCCGGGACUGGACUGAGCGCUCCGGAGGGGCGGUUCGGACGCAGAUGGAGACCCUCACCGCCCCAACAACGGGCUGGAAGGUUAGAAGGGGAAGGAAGAGAACGAAACAAGGAGGCAGGCAGCACUACCGUCCACGUAAAGAGAAUUAUUGAGCUCUUCCUUCAUUCAGUCGGACUUAUUGAGCGCCCGGGACUGGACUGAGCGCUCCGAAGGGGCGAUUCGGCUGCAGGUAGACCCCCUCACCGCCCCAACAACGGGCAGGAAGGGGGAGACACACAACGAAACAAGGAGGCAGGCCUCACCACCACCCACAUCAAUAGAAUUAUUGAUCUCUUCAUUCACUCAGGCGUAUUGAUUGAGUGCAGAACACUGGACUAAGCGCUCGGAAGGGACAAUUCGGCGACAGCCCAGGCUGCUCCGAGUCGUUGCAAGUCUCCAGGAAAAACUGCUGAAUCCCAGCUCUGCUAUUUGCCUGCUGUGUGACCUUGGCAGGCAUCGGAGUAGGCAGGAUGGAUUCAACCCCGACCAACCCCCCUGCCUCCAGAAGAGCGGCAGCUUCCCGGGACUCCCCCAGGGGCCAGGGCUCCAGCCGCCGCCGCCAGCGGGGCCUGCCGUCCGAUAGCCCCGACCCGUCCCCGCCGCUGCCCCCCGUGAGCCAGCGCCUGGCCGUCCUGCGCCCGUCACGGGAGCUCCUGGAGCACUACCGGAAGAAGAUCGCCGAGUUCGACGAGGAGCAUGAGGCCCUGACAGCCAGACUGGACAAGUACAAAGCCACCUGCGAGGAGCAGCACAAGCUCCAGUGGGAAAUGCGUCAGCGGGAGGAAGAGAUCGCCGAGCUGCAGAAAGCCCUGAGCGACAUGCAGGUGUUCCUCUUCCAGGAGCGAGAGCACGUGCUGCGUCUCUACUCGGAGAACGACCGGCUGAAGAUCAGGGAGCUGGAAGACCGGAAGAAAAUUCAGCACCUCUUGGCCUUGGUAGGAUCGGACACGGGAGACCUGACCUAUUUUCACAAGGAGCCCCCGCACAAGGUCACCAUUCCGCAGAAGCCACUGCGGGCCGGGGAACCCCAGGAACGCAAAGAGAACCUCGUUUCCAGGACAGGUCCAGCAAAAAGCACGGCCAAGCCAGCAGCCAGAGGGGAGGCUCCCCAAGACCCCGGAACCUACCAGAGGGACAAUCAGACACUCAUACUGCAGGUGGAGGCCCUGCAGGCCCAACUGGAGGAGCAGACCAAGCUGUGCAAGGACCGGAUCGAGGGUUUCCUGGAGGACAGGCGGAUCCGGCUGGAAGAAGCCCAGGUCCAGCACCAGAGAGACCAGGACAAGAUCAAGGCACUGGCCGACAAACUCCGGCGAACCCAGGACCUGUUGUUCGAGAGCACCCGCGACUACCUGAGGCUCAAGUCGGACGUCCGGGUCAAGGAGAAGUCCUGGCUGGCCGAGAAGGACCACUUGCUGAAGGAGAAGGACGAGUUCCGGGAGCAGCUUCAGGAACGGGAGGAGAAGAGAGGCGGCAGACAACUCUCACCACCCCAUCCGGAGCCCACAUGGGCAAACGGCGACUACGUUAAGGUGCUGCGGGAGAAGUUAGCCCAAGAGCAGAAGCUGUCCAACAUGUACCGCGAACAGUGUGUAGCCUUGGAAGACGACCUGGCCCGAAUCCGGGAAGAAGGAGACGUGGGGCGAGAGAUUUUCAAGGAGCGCUCUGACAAGUUGGGGAAGCGUCUACAGCUGAUGACCCGGCGCUACGAAGCGCUGGAGAAGCGACGUUGCAUGGAAGUGGAAGGUUUUAAGGCGGACAUCAAGAACCUCCGGCAGAAACUGAAGGAUGUGGAGAAGUUGUUGUUCCAGGUGACGCUCAACGUGGGGCCGGACCAGGACUUGGCCAUCCUGCAUGAGGUCCGCCAGGGGAACCGGCGGACUCAUAAGAUCCAGGGGGAGCUGAAAAGCCUUAAGGCCAAGAUCUACCGGCUGGAGAGCGAGCUGAGGGCCUGCUGAGGGCCGCCCGGCAGGGCCUUCUGGGUGGCUAGGGGCCGAGCGCUGCCCCCUCUGAUCGGCCACCCCAUCUAUGCUUGGGGGUGGAGCCCAAGGAUGGCGGCAAAUGGCCUUCAAGGACGCUCUCUCGCCCAGCUUCCCGUAUCCUGGCCUGGCAGAGUGGCCGCAGCUGAAAUGGAGCUGCUGAUGGAUGUCCCCGGUAACCUCGGCGGGACGGCAGAUCUCCCGGCAGGGGCCAGAGGGACCUCCAGAGGGGAACUGCAGCCGGCCCCGGUUGAGGUGCUGAGACCCAGAUGCCACCUCUGAAGGCACCGUGGCCAGGGGGUGGGGGCACGGGACAGCAGGCCGGACUCGUCAGAGGCGGUGCCGAUGCUGGCAAUAACGAGGACAGUCGUGGUGAUGAGGGGGAGGAGGAUGAUCAGACCCAGAGGUGGAAGAAGGGAGAGGAUCCCUGGCCAGCACUCCAGCCCGACUCUGUCCCGUCCGGACUUGGCGGGCCUGAUGCGCGACCUGGCAUCGGGCCCCACCUAGUCCUGCUUGGGCGCACCUUCCCCAUCCGGGGGCCGGGGCGCGGGGCAGUUUCUAUGGGGGCAGCUCUGUCCAGGCCCAGUUGUCCCCCGGGCUGCCGGGGCUACCAGCCCAAGCACGGUGUCGGCUGGGACUGCCGACCUCCUCCCGGCUAAGGCUCCCGAGUGGAAGCCACGGGCUCCUAGCCACCUUAGCCCCGAACACUUACAGACCGGGUUCUGGCCGGGAGCCACUCACGAUACGUACUGGGUCCUGGGGAGCGGGGGGAGCGGGGGCCCCUCGGGAAACAGGUUAUUUCAGAGUCAGAAUUUUUUCAUUAAAGAUGGAAGUUGUGUAUCUCUUUUUUUAAAA